CCGACCAUGUCAACAUCCGGACCGGAACACAACGGGGCAGCGGAGCGGAGCAGAGGAAAGAUGGCAGCCGCGGCGGUGGCUGAGUUUCAGAGAGCACAGUCUCUUCUUGGAACAGACCGGAACGCCUCUAUCGAUAUCCUACAUUCAAUAGUGAAGCGGGACAUCCAGGACUGCGAUGAGGAGGCGGUGCGCGUUAAAGAGCAGAGCAUCCUGGAGCUGGGGGGGCUGCUGGCGAAGACGGGACAGGCUGCAGAGCUCGGGGGCCUGCUGAAGUAUGUGCGCCCCUUCCUCAACUCCAUCUCCAAGGCCAAGGCAGCCCGGCUGGUCCGCUCCCUCCUGGACCUGUUCCUGGACAUGGAGGCCGCCACGGGUCAGGAGGUGGAGCUCUGCCUGGAGUGCAUAGAGUGGGCCAAGGCGGAGAAGAGGACCUUCCUCAGACAGGCUCUAGAGGCUCGACUCAUCUCACUGUACUUCGACACAAAGUGCUACCAGGAGGCUCUACAACUCGGCUCCCAGUUGCUGCAGGAGCUGAAGAAGAUGGACGACAAGGCCCUGCUGGUGGAGGUUCAGCUGCUGGAGAGUAAGACGUACCACGCGCUCAGUAACCUGCCCAAGGCACGCGCAGCUCUCACCUCGGCCAGGACGACCGCCAACGCCAUCUACUGCCCACCCAAACUACAAGCAGCUUUAGACAUGCAGUCAGGGAUCAUUCACGCGGCAGAAGAGAAAGACUGGAAGACGGCUUACUCUUACUUCUACGAGGCCUUUGAGGGCUACGACUCCAUCGACAGCCCCCGAGCCAUCACAGCCCUCAAAUACAUGCUGCUCUGCAAAAUCAUGCUCAAUUUACCAGAGGAUGUCCAAGCCCUCAUCAGCGGCAAGCUAGCUCUGCGGUAUGCAGGCAGACAGACAGACUCCCUGAAAUGUGUGGCACAAGCCAGCAAGAACCGGUCGCUCGCAGACUUUGAAAAGGCAUUAACAGAGUACAAAGCAGAGCUGAGGGAUGACCCCAUCAUCAGCACCCACCUCACCAAGCUGUACGACAACCUGCUGGAGCAGAACCUCAUCAGGGUCAUUGAGCCUUUCUCCAGGGUCCAGAUAGCACACAUUUCCUCCCUCAUCAAACUCUCUAAGGGAGACGUGGAGAGGAAACUAUCACAGAUGAUCCUGGAUAAGAAGUUUCACGGUAUUUUGGACCAAGGCGAAGGCGUCCUGAUCGUCUUCGAUGAGCCGGUGGUGGACAAGACGUACGAGGCGGCGCUGGAGACCAUUCAGAACAUGAGCAAAGUGGUGGACUCACUCUACAACAAAGCAAAGAAGCUAACAUAAGAGACACCGUCUGUCCUCCUGUCCGGAGUGACGUGGGCCAGUCAGAAACUCCGCCGAUCGCUCACUUCAACCCGGGAGGGACGAGGGGAGGAGGAGGACGAGGAGAUUACAAACACUCAAACAACCCAGCAAGCAAAUAAACCAGCCGACCAACAGAAGACGACAACCCCCGACAGAACAACAAACUGACAGGGUGGACACAUGCCUCUCCUCCUGGUCCUCCCUCAGCCCCCCCCCCCUCCCCUCCUCUUCCUCCUCCACUCUCUCCGUCCCUCCUGUCACCGUCUCCUCCGCCUUCCAAUCUGUUUGGGGCUGACCAGACACAAAGUGCUCCUCCCUGUGGACAAUUCCAGGCACUGCGCCCCUUCCUUCCUUCCUUAACUCGUCCCUCCUCCCUCCCACCACUGGUUUCUACUGUAUGUAAUAUUGGACAGGCCUCCCCUUUUCUCCCCUCUUUAUUUUUUUCUUCCUCCUCCUGUUUCUCUCUGCGCUGGCCAUCAGGGAAUCUUGUAAAAUAACAAUAAAGAAAACAUAUACAGCACUUAUACAUACAUGUAUUAUAAUAAAAAAAAAACAAAACAAAAGAGCGUUAACGGGGGCGAAGGUGGUUGGUUAACGGAUUCUACUACCUGUUCUGUUCAAAAACCGACCCUGAAACUGAAUGUUUUGUGAAAAAUUAACGCCCCCUAUCCUCACGCCCUUACCCAUUUCACCCCGAGUGGUCUCUUUCGCUCACUCACAAGGCAUUCUGGGAUUUGUGGACCAUACAGGGAUUUCUUCUGUCCACUUGGGACCACGCCACAAGGAGAGAAGGGGACGUUCAUCAUCAUCAUCAUCAUCAUCAUCACAACAACACCACCUCCCCGCUCUUUUUCUUUCCCCCUCCCUCUCUGCACUUCCUCUUUGUAUAUACCAUCGCCAAGAAGCGCCUCAGUUCAUCCAAGACCCGACGUAUUUACACUUUCCUCCCACCACCCCUUCCUGAUUUUUUUUUCUUUUUUAUAUAUAAUGAAUAAAGAACGGAGUAAACCUUGCCACCGAGAGCCCCGGUCGGUUUUGAGGCCCGAGGUGCGACCGGGUGUGACUGUCCUGUGAUGAGCUGGUUGCGCAGAUGAGGGGGAACAAGGCAAAAAAAACAAAAAAAAAAGAAGAAGAAGAAGCUGUACAUUUCUGGGAACUUAAUUUUGCAAGGACUCGAGGAUUUACCAAUAUAUGACAAUAGAGAAAGACAAAUGCUAAUAAAAAAAAAAGAAAGAA